GUAAGGCUGGAUGUGUCUUCCAAUAUACAUCACAACGUAGCAUUUACCAGUUGUAACAGUUAAUAAGAUACCAAAAUACAUCCAUAAUAAGUUGAUACCUGAGUACUUUUAGUUUUUUCUUUUAUUUUGUAUAGAUGUGAGAGAAAUAAUCUCAGAACUAUACAUUUUUUUUUUGUUAAUAAGCAAUUCUCAAAUGUAUAAAAAUGUAUCAAAACUAUAGAAGUAUAUUAAGUUUACAAGAUUCAGGUUAAUGUUAAGAACUAUCAUAAAUAUUUCAACAAAAUCAAUAUAGGGUGAGUCACAUAUCAGGAUGGUAAUAUGCAUGUUAAAAAACGUAUACAUGAACAACAUUAUUAACACUUAAAUUAGUUAAACUAUUUUACAGUCUAGAUAAAGUUAUGUUUAUGUACAAUAUUAAGUAUUUAAUUUAUUGAUGUAAAUGUGCAGCCAUGUAGAAGAUAAUUAAGUCAAAUUAGCUUAUUGUAAUUGAGAUGCUUUUUUAUGAUUAAAAUUGAUUCCAUUUCUGUUUUUUUUUUCAUUUUAUGCCAGGACAAAUAAUGUAAAGUUGUUUACAUUUUAUUUGGAUAAUAUUAAAAUUUAAAAUGCCAUAGUCUUGGAGUGUUUAGAAGUUUUAUUAGGAGAUUCUGGUUUUAUGGACUUAAUUAUUUUGAAGUGAAGAAUGUGUGUACUAACAUCUAAAAACAUAAUUUUGAUUGGUUGAAGCUAUUCAUUUAUUGAACAUUUAACAAUCAGAGUGCUUAUUUGGGUUGGGAUCAAGACUAGAAUUAAAAAAGGUUUCAUAUGAAACUCCCAUUUUUGCAGAGAUGGAUUCAGAAGAUUCACGUGAUCACUCGUCAUCAAGUAGUAGCAGUUCGAGCUCUAGGAGCCGAAGGAGCUCAUCUUCUGACAGGAGUGAAACAUCUAAAAAGAAUGCUAAAUCACCCCCACAUUCCCCACGGUCCCAGGGACCACGAUCCCCUUCACCAGAUAGCCGAUCACAGUCUCCCUCAGCACCAUCUCAUGUUGGUGGGAAACCACCACGGUCUCCUGAUAACUUGAGUGGAGCACAUUCUGACAUUAAUUCACCAGAAAAUUCUUUACCUGCUUCACCAGUAGGUCCCAAGUCUCCAGAAGGCCCCCACUCUCCAAGUGAGGUUGGGUCAAAUGUAGGUUCACCAGGGCAUGGUGAUCAAUACUCCUCAGCACCUCCAUCUGCAGGAGAUGGUCCUAAGACACCUCAGAGUCCAAGCAGCUCCGCCAGGUCUCCACCUGGAUCACCAGACAAUCAGUCUAGACCUGCUUCUCCUGACUCGGUGAGGAAUCCUGACCCACAAUCACGUUCCUCAAGUCCUUCCCCAGACAGAAAAUCCUACAGAUCUUCACCUCAAGCAUCACCUACUGCUAAAAGAAAUGAUUGGAGCCCGAAAGAAAGAAAUGAAAAGUGGAGGAGGCACACUAAGGCAGAACAAAAGAUGGUUGCAGUGCCUAGGGCUCGCAGCCGAUCAGACUCCAGUCAGUCCAGCAGGAGUUCCUCAUACAAUAAAAGAAGUACUAAGGAUCCAGCUACAGAGGAAAUAUCAGAAGGUGAAAUGGAAUCAGAUCAAGAAGAAAGAAAAUCAAGAAGUAAAUCAGUGGCUAGUGACAAGCAAGAAGGAAAGGAUCAUAAUAUAAGUCAUGAGGAUCUCUCUGAUGUUUCUGACUUGGACUCAGUAGGACCAGAAGACACUGAAAAAGGAUCCAAACCUAAAUCUCCACCUGCAUCACCGGAACAUAAGACAGAAGCUGUUAAUGGAAAAAGUUCACAGUCAUCACCACAUUCAGAUAGUGGAAAAGGCGACACCCCAAAGUUCGAAAAAAUGCCACAAGAAAAGACAAGUAAUACAGAAGAUGGGGAAGAGCAAUUAGAUUUUGAGGCAGAGGAAGGAGAAUGUAUAGAACCUAAAGCUGUUGAACAAGCUAAUGGCGAUGCGGAAGAAAAAGGCGCUGACAAAGAAGAUGUUAUGGCAGCGCGUCGCUCCCGUGGGUCCUCACUUGAAGAAGGGGAGGUGUCUGACGAAGCCGAGCGAAGGCCCGAGGAAAGCGAGCCGCGACCUGUAUGCAGGUUCUUUUCACGCGGAGCCUGUACGUGGGGUGUCAGUUGCAGAUUCCUCCACCCUGGAGUGACGGACAAGGGCAACUACAACAUGUUUGACGUGGUGCGCGGCGUGCCGCCGGGGGGCACGUACCCCGCCGCGCCCGCCAGGGACGUCGCCCCGCCCGAGUCCGCCUGGGAGCGGGGGCUGCGGACUGCCAAAGAGAUGCUGCGUAUAGCUAAUAAGCGUAAAGAGCAAGACAUGGACUUUGAAGAGAAAAAGCUGCAUCUAUCAGUUGGCGGCGUGGUGCACGACCCCGACGCCGAGCUGGCGUACGCGGCCGCGGCCGUGGGGGCCUCGCCGCCCAGACAUCACGACGGACCCGCCGCGCACUACCGCGACGCCGAGGCCUUCCGUCCUUACGGUCCCAUGUACCGCGGCCGGUUCCCUCGGCCGGCGGUUGACGAGCGCGAGCGCUAUUACGAACGUGAGCACAUGUACGAGCGCGAGCGCGGCUAUGAGCGCGUACCACAUUACGACGAGCGUGUUCCCGUGCCUGAAGAGGGUGCAUAUCAUAAGCGUCGCGUGCGGUCGUCCCGCGAGGUGAUCGUGUCCCGCGCGGAGGAGCGUCGCUCGGCCCCGCGGCGCGUGGGGCCGCGGCCCGAGUCGCGCGGGGAGCGCGGCGAGCGCACCGAGGACUGGGCCGACCCCUGGAUGCGCGCCGAGCCCGCCGCCAAGCGACGCAAGCCGCCCUCCUCCGACGACUCGUACUCCUCCUCCAGCUCUUCAAAUUCCAGUUCCCGAAGUUCGCGAUCGCCGAGCGCUCGACGCAAGAGAAGGGCAUCCUCAUCUUCUAGACAAAGGUUGUCGCCGUCCGUGAUCGUGCGCGAGCGGCGCCUGGCCACGGCGCGCGCCACGGCCAUGAACCCGCCCGCGCCGCGCCGCCGCGCGCCCUCGCCCGCCGCCGCGCGCCAGCUGGCCGCCAACCCGCCGCCGCCCGCCUCGCACGCACUGCACCGACACAAGGAUGAGGUCGACCCCUACGGACGCAACAAGAUGCCGAACCGCAAUAGGGAAAGGAAGAAGUAUUCCAGAUCAUCAUCUUCAGGAUCAGAAUCGUCAUCGACGUCGAGUGAGUCCGAGAGUGAGACGCACUCAUCGUCGUCGUCAGGCAGCUCGGGGGCUCGACGCGCACGACACGCACGUCUACUUAACGCUGCGGCAAGGCCUAGGUUGACUGCAAAACCGGGUGUAGGAUUAGCCGCGGCAGUGACUACCAUUACCAGUAAGAAAGAAGUUUCCAGCGAUAAAGAAUCUGGUGGUAAGAAACGAGGAGCGACUUCGCCGAUCGAUACGGCACCGAACAAGAAAUCGGUUUCUCGGCGGGAGGAACUGCUGAAACAGCUGAAAGCCGUCGAGGACGCAAUAGCUAGAAAGCGUUCCAAGAUUUAACGACGACGAUAUUUCGAGCGUAUGUACCGGCCGCUUUGGCUUUGGUAAUACGCCGAAAGUUCAGCAUGGUGAUUAACACCAGAGUGACUGUAGUGGCAUAAAUUGUACAAUAUGUAACCGUGGACAAUCUUAUUAAAUUUUAAUGUAAUGUACGCAUAGUUACUGUAUAAUUUUAGACUAUCUUAGAUAACGUGUAUCCAGGUGGAAUCGAAUUCGUACAAAUUUAAACAAUUACAUUCAACAGUGUAACCGUAAUUGUGUUAGUAUAUUUAAAAUCUCAAACUAAUGAAAUGGUAUUGGAAAGUGUUUAUAUUUUACCAUCUGUAUAUUUUUAACAUCAAAAAUGAAUUCCUUAAUCGUUAUGCUGACGGUAAAAGCGGGUGUAUCUAAUUACUAUUGACGAGUGCCGAGAAUAGUAAAUUUAUUUUUGCUAUUUAUCACAAACUGAUGGUGGAACCUAGGAAUGUAGGUUUUUAUGGUGACUUAGAAUAUGUAAUAACAUAAUUAGUGAAAGAAUAAAUGCAUAAUUUUUUAA